AUGACGGCAAGCGUAACGAAAGCAGAUGUAGAUUUAGCCGUGGCAGCAGCUAAACGAGCCUUUCACCGUAAUUCAGAAUGGCGCCUAAUGGAUGCAUCUGAGAGGGGUGCCCUUAUUAACAAGUUGGGAGAGCUCGUCGUCAGAGAUAGUCAAUAUCUUGCAGAACUGGAAUCCUAUAACAAUGGAGGGCUCCUGAGUGGAAUGAAAUUCUACUUGAGCAAUAUAAACAAAACCAUACGGUAUAUAGCCAGCUUAGCAGAUAAGGCACAGGGUGACACAAUCCCAGCAGAUGGUGAACUGUUUUCAUAUACGCUGAAACAGCCAGUUGGUGUUGCUGCAUUGAUUCUGCCUUGGAACGGUCCCAGUGUACUUUUUCUGUGGAAAGUCUGCACUGCUCUGGCCGCUGGGUGCACUGUAGUGGUAAAACCAGCUGAACAAACGCCACUGACGGCUUUAGCUUUAGGCGCUUUAGUGGCUGAGGCCGGUUUUCCCAAAGGUGUUGUAAAUAUUAUUAAUGGAUACGGCGUGACUGCUGGUGAGGCUCUAACACACCACCCAGAUGUGGCUAAAAUAUCUUUCACUGGAUCUGUAGAAGUUGGAAAGCUGAUCCAGCAAGCAGCUGGAGCAAACAAUUUGAAACGCGUUUGUUUGGAGCUCGGCGGUAAAAGUCCGCUUGUCAUAAUGAAUGAUGCCGAUUUGAACCUUGCUGUACCAUACGCUGCUAAUGGAGUAUUCUUCAAUCAAGGACAAGCUUGUGUAGCAGCUUCUAGACUUUUUGUACAAUCUGGAAUUUACGACAAGUUCGUAGAGGCAGCCGUUAAGUAUGCUCAAAAUAUCAAAAUUGGUAAUCCUGCUGAUCCUGCUACACAACACGGACCGCAAGUGGACGAAGUAAUGUUUAAAAAGGUAUUGGGGUACAUCGAGAAAGGAAAAAAAGAAGGUGCCAAAUGUCUGGCGGGUGGUAAGCGAUUCGGUACUACUGGGUACUACAUAGAGCCUACGGUGUUUGCUGAUGUGACAGACGACAUGACGAUCGCAAAAGAGGAGAUUUUUGGUCCCGUACAGAGUAUUCUAAAGUUCGAAACGUUUGAAGAAGUUCUUGAGCGUGCUAACAACACCAGCUACGGAUUGGCUUCUGGAAUUUUCACAAACAACGUCAACACCGCCCUACAGUUUAGUAAACACAUUGAGGCCGGCACUGUUUGGGUAAACACAUACUUUGCCAUGAACCCUCAGACACCAUUUGGAGGAUUCAAAGACUCAGGCAUUGGUCGUGAAAGUGGCUUGCACAGUAUAGAUGAGUAUUUGGAAGUUAAGAGUGUAGCAAUAGCAUUACCGAAAAAACUUUAA